GUCAUUGCUUCCGCCCUGCUUCCUUUUUGGUGAAUCCAAAAUGGAGUAAGAUGGGCUUUUGAAAACACGGGGAGUGUUUUAAUUUUUUUUCUCUCACUCCCCACCCCCCCCUCCCCCCCCCCCGUUAUUAUUUGCAAUAGCGGCGGCAGCAGUAGCUCGAAGCCCGGCUUGCAGUUUGCAGCAACAUCCAGCUCCGGCCCCCGCAGCGGCUUCAUGUGCAGAGAGCAGCGGCUCGCAGGCGGCGCUGCCCCGGGGAAAGACGGCAGGAGCCCGGAGCCAGCAGAGAUAAUGUGACUAUACUAGUGGGGAGCAGGCAGCCACAGAGCGAGCAGGGGCCGGAGGGGCAGAGGAGCAGGAGGGGCAAUAACCCCACCCCCACGAAUUAACAACUUUUCACCAAGAGCAGCAAGACAGAAGAAUGAAGUUUGCAGAAAUGUCCGCGACGGCUCAACAAAAAUGACCGAGCAAUCGCAUCCAGACCAUGACAGCUACAUUGUACGUGUCAAUGCUGUGGUUAUGACCAGAGAUGACUCUGGAUGGUUACCACAGGAAGGAGGUGGGCUCAGUCGAGUUGGUGUCUGUAAGGCCAUUCAACCAGAGGGCACUGGGAGAAGCGAGUUUCUCAUCCUUGGAGAACGACUUAAAGACAAACUGAUUGUAUUGGAAUGUUUCUUGAAGAAAGACCUGGUGUAUACUAAAGCAACACCUACAUUUCACCAUUGGAUGGUUGACAACAGAAAGUUCGGACUUACGUUUCACAGUCCUGCUGAUGCGCGAGCAUUUGAUCGAGGGGUGAGGAAAGCAAUUGAGGAUCUGACAGAAGGAUCAACCACAUCAUCUUCAACAAUUCAGAAUGAAGUGGAGGUUGGCGACGAUGAUGUCUUUACAGCUGCAACCGAUAGUUCUUCGAACUCAUCGAACAGGAAGGAGCAGCCAGCGAGGGUGCUCACUCCCACAGUCAGUGAAACUCACCGGCCUCUCUGUCCUCUGAGACACACACUUGAUCAUUACAGCCCUGACCACUACCUCCUGGAGCAGUCUGUGCCGAAGCAACGCCAUGUCAGUUUUCGAGAUGAUGAAGAAGAAAUUGUCCGCAUUAAUCCACGAGAAAAAGCAUGGUUAAGGGAGAGAUACGAGGACUACAGGUAUGCAGCAGUGCGCCCAAAGUACAAUGACCACGGUGAUGUGGAUUCCUACGUACAUUUUGACAAAAGUGACGCUUUAAAACAUGACUACAAUUAUCCUUAUGUAGAGAGCUCUGAUUUUGGAUUCGGUAAAGAUUUGAAAAGUGGUGUGGUGAAGACUCAGCCAAUGCCGUCAAAGUCAAAACUCCGCCGAAGGAUAGACGACGGCGAAAGAUCGAGGUGUGUGUACUGCAGGGACAUGUUUAAUCAUGAGGAAAACAGAAGGGGUCAAUGCCAAGAUGCCCCAGAUCCUAUUCGAACCUGCAUCCGUCGAGCAAGCUGUAUGUGGUGUGCAGACAGCAUGCUGUAUCACUGCAUGUCCGAUCCGGAGGGAGAUUAUUCAGACCCUUGUUCUUGUGACACCAAUGAUGAGAAGUUCUGCCUUCGUUGGCUGGCUUUGAUAGCCUUGUCAUUCAUCGCUCCCUGUAUGUGCUGUUACCUUCCCCUUCGAGCGUGCUACAAAUGUGGGGUGAUGUGCAGGUGUUGCGGUGGGAAACACAAAGCAGUUGGGUGACUCGUGUCUUUUUCUGUGGAACAUCAGUUAUUGAAGCACAUUUUGGUCUGGAGUAUUCUGAUCAUAGUUUGAUGCAGUUACUGUCACCAACCUCUCUGGAAUACACUCAUCUCUGAAACUGCAGGUCCAUAGGUGGAGAAGCAACAUGACUGUGUCCUUCAAACGUUAAAUGGAACUAACAAUAACAAGUAGACUUUUCUAUCAUGAAAAUAUAUAUAUAUAUAUUUUAUAUAUAUAUAUAUAUAUAAUAUAUAUAUAUAUAAAAAUGUCUCACAAUUGUUUAUAAUUUUUUAAAAAAUCUAAAGCGGGUGAGAGCUGAAUUAUGUGUGUGGUGGUUUGGAGAUGUCACGUGGAACCAGGGUGGGUGAGUAAUGGUUGGCUACACAGUGAUGUGCCAAGGUGUCCUGUCCUAGCUUGGCAACAGGAUAUAACAUUAAACGAGGAAAUUGGCGUGAAUGGUUCCUGCUUGAUCAACUGAGACACUUGACCUGUGGUCAGGUAUCGUAUAUUACCUUUUACAAAAGAAAGUGUGCUAGUAAACUUGUACCACAACACAGUAUUGUCAUUACUGUAUGAAGCCAAAAUAAUGCUGCUUGUUAAUUGCACCUGAUUUCUCUUCAACACUCUGACACUUACUAAAAAUCUAACUGUAGGUAUCACCCUCUUCAGCAUAGUUCUUAAAAUAAUAAUGAACUUGCUUUUGACUAAUCUCUGAACUCUAAAGCAAUUAUUGAAUCUCAAGGUGUAACACUUACCCCACUUAUUUUUUGCUAUAAUGGUCAAUGAUAAAUUUGGUUUCUGUCAAAAUGUUGAUUUUUGAAAAACAGUAGAAAUGCUUUUCUAGUUAAAGGGUUCCUUGAAUAGAGUUCUCAUUUUAAUUGUCAAUACACUAAAGUUUAUCUGAUAAUACUAUAUAACCAAGCUCCCUGACUGCUUGGCCUCUUAUUUACACAGCCUUGUAGCCAGUACAAUCAGAGAGCACAACAUUAGUUCACUACAUUUAGCAAGGUGACUGAAGUAUAAGGCCCUUGCAUUCUAUUAGUUCUUAAUACUCUGGCCGUCUGAUUUCACUAACCUAGUUUGCUGGCCUCUGCCUUUUACAGUCUUUACUCUAGUGAGCCACAGGGAGCAGUUACCACAGACUGCUCAGCCUUUGCUAUAACUUGUGUCAUUGAUUUGGAUGUAAACCAAACCUGGCCUAGCCAACUGUACUGUAUGGAUUGUGCAUGAGACUGGAAUUCCAAGUUUGACAGUUUCACAGAGCAUUAGGGAGGAAAUAGUGGGUCAAUUUCGGCAGAUCCAAGUUAACUUUUUUUUGAAAAGCACAAAGUGUCCUAGAAAAUAAGGAUAAUUGAAGCCUUACCAACUUGUAGCUUACAGUCAUUGUGGCUGGAAGCUUCAUGGGAUGGAUGGGGGUGGGGGGAGGGGGAUUGUGGGAGAGAGAUAACUUCCUUCAAAAUCUUAAUUGCUCAGGUUAUUAAGGGUAGUACAUAAACCCUCAAGUAGAAAGCUUAUGCUUUGAAAGAAUAUUUUUGUAACACUGGGACUAGCCAUUUUUUUUUUAAUUUAUUUGAAAAGCAGCAGUUUUCGCUCAGCAGCAUGGUACAAUCUGGUCCAUUUUAUUUUGAGGCAGCUAGCAAACAGGUCUGUUGGAAUUUACCAUCCUGUUCACAGUUAAUUACCAGUGGUUCAACAUCUCUCCCCUUCCUCCAUUGUGUAACCAACGUAAGACUUAAACAAAAAACUUCCAUGCCAUAAAAAUGAGGGCUGCACAUGGGACCUGCAGAAUAAUCUGCUGACCAAGUGCGUUAGUCAUUGCAUUCUGUUGCUGCACCUGCAUUUUUGAUAAUUGAAUACUUCUGACACGCAUGCAGGACAAAACUGCCUGCGCAUUUUGCUGCUUUUUUUUAAAGCUUCGGAUAAUGACAGAACUGAUCAAUUUCAGUAUACAUCACAAGUGAAAUUGACAAAAUCAACUGGGCAUUAAUCUCCCAACACCAGUGUGAAAAGCAUUACAGUGGUGGCCCUAACUAACAGCUGAGAACAUCUCAGGCAAAGGGACUAUUACCCUGCCAUUUUAUGCGCAUGCAAAUUUUGCAAAUUGUGAUUUCAGUUUUUAUUAAAAUCACCAUGGGGUCUUAACUACAUUGGAAUACAACACAUACAUGGGCUUAAAUCAACACUAAUUUUUCCGGAGACUUAGCAGUAAUCCAGCAGCUCACUGGUAUAACAUGGAUAAGGUGCCUCUACAUCUGACACCACAUCGACAUGCGAUCUGUAUCCAUCUGGCCAGUUUAGCUUUUUCAUUGGCAGUUCUUCCCACGCAUACACACUGUAAAUUUGUAAAUUGAGGUAUGCAGUCUAUGGUAAUGGAGCUGAGCUAGAGGUUUUUUUUGAAUAUAGUUCUCAUCUGUCACCCACACUGAUGUUGAACAGUGGUGGUAUUCCUCCCAAUCAGCUUUGCAAUACAAAAGACAAUUGUCUGGGGGGGGGGGGGAGGGGGAACAGGGUGGUGGGUGAAAAACAAAUCAAAUUUAUUUUUGUAUCUGUGGUAAGAAAGUUAACCAAAAGCUGUUGUUUGUGCAGUCUUCAGCCAAUGCACACCUUAAAGAAUUAAAAGAAAGUGCCUCCACUAUCUUGUAUACUAAAAACCCUGUUGUAUUGAUUAUUAGUUUUUUUUUACAAUAAGCAUUUUUACCUCUGUGUAAAAAAAACAAAUAUCGUGUAUGAUGUACAUUUUAGUUCUUCUAUUUUUUUUAUUGUUUCUAAUGUAUGAUCAUGAUGUAGCCCUUGCUUUUCCAAUCUACUGUGUAAAUAUGAAUACAUCAUAUCAAAACUACAAAAUAAUGACCUGACCAGUACAUAAUUCUUCUACAUUUAUGUCAUACCUUAAAUAUGUACCUUGGCAGAUCAGAUGGCAAUAAAAUGAAAGGAACAUUGAUGUUCAAAA